AUGAUGACGUGCCGUCUGCUGUGCGCCCUGUUGGUGCUCGCCCUGUGCUGCUGCCCGUCCUUAUGGGUCAUAGGGACUUGUGAAGAUCAGGAUGGCCGCGGUAAUCCGUCCAAACCAGAGGAACUGGGUUUGAAUAGCAAUUCUUUAAACUCAGGUACCGAUAAAGUCCCGAAACCGGUUAUUUCCAGUGAGCGUGAUCGACCAGUUAGGCCCGUUUCGGAAGAGGGAUCAGGUGUGUUGUCAACUGCACAGGGUGGAAAAAUUGUUUCUGCGGAGCCGGGGUCAGACGGUUUGAAUACCAAUUCGGCAGCUUUAACGCAUAAUUCCGAUACGUUGGUGGUAAAAGGUCUAGACAACGAUACGGAAGAGACAAAUACUAAUAAAGAUGUUACGGAAGAGACACCAAAUACUACUACUACGACCACCACUACGACAAACGCACCAACCACGACGACCACCACUGCGCCAGAGGCACCAAGUACUACAAAUACAGAGGCGCCAAAUACGGCGACCACCCGCGCACCGUCACUUCUUCACAGAAUCGACGGCAGCCUCAGCAGCUCUGCGUGGGUGUGUACCCCGCUGGUGCUUGCCGCAUCCGCGCUGGCGUACACCGCUGUGGGCUGA